UUUCCCUGAUUAUAUAAAGCAACAGUUUUAACUACCAAGGCUACUGGGAGGGACAUCCUCUCAAAAAAACAAAAACAAAGAAUCGAGCCCCAAGCUUCCUUCGCCUCAGAGGUCCCCACCUCCACUUUCCUCCUUCAGAGCAGCAGAGGAAUCCAGUCACAGAGCUGGAAGACGAGGAGCCGAGUGCGCACGGCAGAGCAUGGACUGAGCCCCAGGGAUUGCCCCAAAGGACACACGAAUCAGGUCCUGAAGUGCGUUGGCUGCCAUGCCGGUCCUUAAGAACCCCUGCAAGCUCAAGAUGGCCAACGGGGACACCGGCGGCAGCGGUGGUGGCGGCGGCUCGCUGAUCCUGGAGAAGGAAAGCCACCGGGGAACCAACCCUUUCGAGGAAGACCUGGAGGAGAACGAGAGAGACUCUUUCCUGGGGAGCGAAUCCCCCGAGAGCAGGAACCCUUCCCCGGACGACGGGGGCGGCGGCUUCGAGCGGGGCCUUUUCGACGGCAGCCCCGAGGGGCGCUACAGGCGGCGGGCGACGCUGGAGAAGCUGGCGGGGCUGUCCCCCUUCCGCAUGGGCAAAGGGAAGAGGAGCGGCGAGAAGAAGUCCCCCGGCGGCGGGGAGAAGGGGUCGGACAGGAGGUCCUUCCUGGGCCGCAUGAUGAUCCCCUUGACGGAGGGGAACCAGGGGACACCGGAGAAGAGGAAGACGCGGCGCAGCUCCGAAGACUUCAGCCUGCUCCAGCUCCUCAACGGCCGCCGCAAGGAGAGCCUCUGCGGUUUCGACUGCGGCCUGUCGGAGAAGGAGAACGGCGGUGCGGGGGACAAGCGCAUGUCCUUCCUCAAGAUCGGGCUGGGAGGGAAGGUCCGCAGAGCUUCGCUGGUGGAGAAGCUCAACCAGGCCGAGGCGCCGGAACCGGCGCCCGUCACCGAGGAGGCCGAGGUCAAGGUCAAGGAGCCGCUCUCUGUUCUGGAAAUCCUGAACCUGAUCCACAAAAGGGAUCUCCUGGUGGCCGACGAGCACAUCAUCGAACUGGAGGCCGAGUGCGAGCAGGAUGGGCAGCAGAGCACGGAGGGCAGCGAGGUCCGGAAAUCCGGGAGCCGAAAGGCCAAGGACGUGGCGCUGCUGUACGAGGCCCUGCAGAAGGAGCUCUGGGACGUCCUGGCCGAGUCUCUGGCCGGGAAGAGCUCCUGCCCGGCCCUGGAGCUCGUGGUGCGAGUGAUCGAGCAGGAGGAGGACACCGACCGCAAGUGGCUGGCGGCUCAAGGGGACCGGGCAGGCAGUUGCGGACCCCGGCCGCGAGCCAUGAAGCAGCAGUGGGCCGAGGCGGUGGGCCAGCUGGUUGGGCAGCGGCUGCGCCAGUGCACCGAGGGCAGGGUCCUCCCCGUGGCCACGCAGAUGGACCGGCUGGCCAAGUGUGCCCUGGAGGACCUGUGCACCGUCAAGUUCCACCUCUUGCACGCCUACCCCAAGGAGUACAAGGCCUUCGGGGUCUACCUGUGCAGCUUCCACCAAGGACUGGCCAGGUGCCUGGCUGAGGCGGUCCAGAAGAAGCUCAGCAUCUCCGACCUCUACUUCGUCCUGGACUGGAGCAGCAACAUCUACCAGAGAGAGGUUCUCGGCCGAGCAGAAAUCUCCUCCCUGGUCAAGACCCAGGAGCUAGGCCCGCUGCUGUCCCCCGAGACCCAGCUGAGCCUGGAAGAGGACCUCGUCGCUGCUGUGAUGGCAAAGAUCACCGAGGACAUGAGCCAAGAGCUUGAGAAGGAGGAGGAGAGGUGGGCGCAAGAAGACGCGGGCGACGGCUUCCAGUUCGGCCUGUCUGGCAAAGUCAUACUGGUGCUAAAGACUCACGUAGACAAAGCCCCCCAGAUCACAGAAGAUUUUGGGAGGAGGAUGGCGCAUUGCUGCCUGAGCUGCCUGGCAGACUUCCUGCAGAGUUUUCAGAGAAAGGUCGAAAGGUUCCACGAGGGGCAGAUUGAGACCACCCUCACUGCCGAUGCCUUAAUGGACCGGACCAUCAUGCUCAUCAACCACUGCCCACCUUUCAGGGAUUACGUGGAGCGCUUGGCAAGGUUCGGCCACCCCGAGAGCGAGGCAGUGAGGUGCCAGGCCAACAGCUCCCUCGACAGAGUGACUCGACUGUGCAACAGGGUGUUGGCCGACCACCUCUUUCAAAACCUCAAGCCCCACUUCCAAAAGCUGAUGAAAAGGAAGUGGCUGAGCAACUCGGAGGCCUUCUCCACCAUCAUGGGCACCCUGGAAGAACACGCCCAGAGGCUGAGGAAGAUGAAGCUGGAGCCGUACCAGAUGCUUCUGAAGGAUGUGCACCGGCGGGUGCUCAUCGAGUACGUCCGGCCCCUGAUGCGAGUGCGGUUCGUCUGCACCACCUCCAAGAUGAGGACCAAGAUGGCAAACAAGCUGCGGCGCGAAGCCAAGCAGCUGGAGGAGUUCUUCAUCCAGCUGGAAUCCACCUCAUCCUGGCUGGACAAGGUUGUGCCACACCUGGCCGAGAUCAUUGAGCUGGAGGACAUCGCCGCCAUCCAAUUGGAAGUGGGAUUCCUCGCAAGAGAUUUUCCCGACGUGCAGAAGAAGCAUGUGUCUGCCAUCUUGGACAUCCGCGGUCUGCAGAACCAGUCCCACCGCCAGGACAUCCUUGCCGCCAUAGAGAGCCUGGAACUGACCGAGGAUGGGGAGGUUCCCUGCCUGGACAAGGCAUUCUUCAACGAGAUCCCCACCAGCAAGGUCUUCUGCGUCCGCUUCCAGCUGCACUGCGUCUCGUUUUGGGGGGCGACCGGACUCUCCCGGCUUCGCCAGAUGCCUCAACGGCGGCGGCAACAACGUCACCGACGGCGGCACAGGCAGCGGGCCAAAGAGAGCGAGGCCGAGUCGCAGGCGUGAGGACGGGCGCCCUGCCAAACGGUGGACUGCCUCUCUCAGCCGCCAGGUUAUGGGGCGGGCGCCUGGAGCCUCCCACGUGAGUGGGUGGGUGUGUGCCUUUUCCGCCCCCCAAAUAUCCGCCCGCUGCAGGGCUCACACUCCGAAUGAGGGCCGUGGAACCCGCUCCCCGCAAGAGCCAGCUGUAUCUGUCGAUUGCAUUUUAUUCCGCAGCCGAGAUUUCGCAGGCAUCCCGGCCGCAUUUCAAAGUACCUGGGUGGUUGAAGGAAAGGACUCCUCUCCUGUUAACUGGGAUGCAGGUUUAAAACUUUAAAACUAAGGUUGCAGGUGGGGGACCAGGAGGGGGACUUUUAUGCAUCCGUUACAGAAGAAUCCAGCUCUGCCUGGAACAGGGAAAAUCGAGCCACUGGCAUAUCAUUUAUUAAGUUGUGUUGGGAGUCUUUUCCAGGCAGAGGGCCACAUUUCUUCUGAAUUAACCUCCCGAGGGCCGCAGGUGGCCGGUGCCAGAGGUCAAAGUGGGCAGGGCAAUGGAUGUAAAUUUUUACCUAUGUACAGUGGGCUCGUUUCUGUGUAUGCUCCCUGCUUGCCCUCCCUCGAGAGGCAAACAAGAAACGUCGUCAGAGUUCCAGAGUUCCUAUUUCCAGCCAGGUGGGAACUUUUUCAGCAGGCCCAGGGAGGGGUGUGGCCUGGAGAAUGUUCUGGGGGCCACGUGGAGAGGACUCGGGGGGGCGGGCACAUUCAGAUCCUGACACACACCUACGACGUGAACUGUUCAUACGUUGAGGCUCUACUGCAUAAUUUAGUUCCUUCUAUGGCAAGAGAUGUAUGGGGGUUACCCUGACCCUCCGCUCAAUGUAGGGGCCACACCUCACCUCCCCCCCCCCCCCGCUUCCGCGACUCAGUUUCUCCCUUGGACCAGGGGGCAGGUGGUUGGCCCAGGACAAAACGAGGGUUGGAGGAAGCGAGGGGCCUUAAGGAAGGAAGUAUACCUGCUCUGGAUGUAUGUAUGUAUGUAUAA